AUGACUGCGGGUUUGGGUGUGUGUGUUGUGCUGGCAGUCUUGUGUACGAGCUGUUUGGGGCUCCCCUUCUCCUCCCGUCUCUUAGAGGAGGGCCAGAACUCCAUCUCUGCUCCUUCUGAAGGUACAUAUUCUCUCAUACAAACACCUUAAACUUUCACUAAUUUCAAAAUAAGUUUUCUCUUUUGACAUCUUCUUUCUUGUGUCUGUGAUGAUGAUGAGUAGCUCUCCUUGAGGCUGACUCCAAAACCUUGAAAGAGACUCACCACCAACAUAGCCGCUCUGCCCCCCAGCUGAAAGCCCUUCCCCUGGCGGAGGAAGACGCAGACUCCCGAGCCAACCUCAGUGAGCUGCUGGCAAGACUCAUCUCCUCCAGGAAAGGUGUGUAUGAGGAUUAAUAUUUGUUUGUGUUUGUGUGUCUGAUUGCUGUCCUCUUUGCUGCACCUGUGGGUCAAACAGAUUUAGCUGAGUGUUUGUCAGGAUGAGAAGAAAAAAAACAUCAGACAUCAACAAUUCUACUAAUAAAUGUUCAUUUUCAGAAACAAGUGCUUCACCAUUCCUCCAAUCUCCUCCCCUCGGUUUUGCUAAUUACUGGAAAUCAGCUCACAGCCUGCUUUGUAAAAUGAAUUAGUGGCUCUGAAAAGCUUUUGUGGUUUGAAAGAGCAAGUAUUAGUGUGUGCAGUCUUCCGGCCAUUCGUUCUCGCUUUUUUUUGCCCUAUCUGACUUUGAGACAAUUUUUGUUUUUUGUCUCUGAGAUGCAGAGAAAGCAAAUUCAGUAUUCACCAUCUGAAGAAAUACAGGAGGAAUAACCUAAAGUUUUCAGCUAAGCUUCUGGGGAUUAAUGCGAUAUACAUUCGCAGGACCUUUCCCACUAGCUGGAACUUCUCACAGAGCCACAAGUUGUUAUUUUUAUCAACACAUGAGAUAGAAGGAAAAAAGUGAAAGUGAUUCUCAGAUUUAAGUGUAAUAUUGUGACUAUUUCUUCAGGUUUUAUGCCAUAAGGUCUCUGUCAGAGCUACAAGUACAUAUUCAAGCUGUGAAGUUGCACAAUCUCCAAACUGUAAGAUGAAAAUGCAGCACAGCUCAGGAAUCAGACAGGAAAAUCAAUAAAACGUUAAAGGGCGCAUUAAAAUUAAUAAGCUAUACCUCAGGGGUUAUGAGCAUCCAAGUUUCUCGCUCAGUCGUGCGUGUUUGUUGGUCGGUGGGUGUCUGUGUUCGUGUGCUCGCUGUUCACUUGCAUGUUUCGGUGUAGGAGGUGUCGUUGUCGAGCCUUCUGCAGCCAAUCUUCUCAGCACACCAGGGAGGUGAAACACUGUGUUUAUGAGUGUAUGCGUGAGUGCACGCGGCUGCAUGUGUGCAGUUAUGUGUGUGUGUGUGAGUGUGUGAGUGGUUGUGUGUUAUGUAGGAGGAUGUGGGCGGAGUGAAACAGCAUCUCUGUGUGUGCCCAAUUGAUUAUCCAACAGUGAACAUUCCUGUUUCAAUUUACUUUAAAUAACCGAUCCCAGAUUCAGAGAUCAGAAAGGGUUUGUCUGGGAAGAGUGAGAAAGGAGGAAACAUGAGGCUGUUUUAUUUUUCAAAGAAAUGAACAACAACAACACACAUGUGGAGAGAUAAAAAUACACAAAUACACACAAACAAGGAGGGAGUAAUUAUGUGUUGUCACUGGACUGACCAUCUAAUGUUGGUUUGCCUCUUUUACAUUGUGUUUGUGUGGUUGUGUUAGGGAGAGUGAAAGAGAAAAAUAAGGAGAAAGAGAUGAUUUAAAUUAACUAAGCAGCUUCAUAGCAAAAAAAAAAGUCAAACACGACUAAUCUUGGAAAUCAAACGUGACUGAAAAUGACCUAACUGAGAGUGUUUUUGGUAACAAACCUAGAAGACUCUUACUGGGCUGAAAAUCUGCUACUAGAUAAAGAAAAACUUGAAUCACACAGCAUGCUUGGUUUCAUAAGAGGGCGACUUUGGCCAGUAUUGCUGCUCUGCUGUCACAUUUAACUAAAUAUACAAUCCCAGCUCUUUCAAAAACACUGGUUGAAUCCUCUCAGAAAAUCUGCUUUAAGUCUCUUUCUCUCUGUCUUUCAUAACCAGGCCACUUCCUAAGAUCUUUCUUUAAACAACCAACAGACCACAAUCCAGUGAAAUUUUUAUCAGCUUCCUCUGAGGAAAACUAACUUCCUUCCAUCUCUCUAUCCUCUCCACCCACGCUUUCCAUCACCCACCCACCCCCAACCCCCCUACACACACAUAACACAUAAUACAGGUUCUGUGCGUAGAAACUCCACGGCAAACAGCAGAGGUGGCGCACAGAGCGCCAACCACCGGAUAGCAGACAGAGACUACUUGGGUUGGAUGGAUUUCGGCCGCCGCAGUGCAGAGGAAUAUGAGUACUCCUCAUAA